GGGGAAACUUUCGAUGUCCACCUAGAGAGCAAUCUCAGUUAGUGUAUCGAGAAGCGGAGACUCGAUCUCAUCAGGUCAUUAUGGAUAACUUGGUCCCCGAAGAUAAUUGCAAUGAGCGAGGAUUGAAUAUCCUCAAGAAAUCUCUGGCAUGCACGGAUCAACCCGUACAAACGAAUGCCAGCCAUGUGUUCGUGAUUCUGGGGGCUUCCGGAGACUUGGCCAAGAAGAAGAUCUAUCCAACCAUGUGGGCCUUGUACAGGGACAAAUUAAUCCCCGAGGAUACCAAAAUCGUUGGAUAUGCUCGAUCCAACUUGACCAUGGAAGAUAUCAAGUCCAAAUGCGAACCCUUUCUAAAGGUCAAGGAUGAGAAUCGGAGUAUUCUGAAGGAGUUUUGGACCAUGAACUCUUACGUCAGGGGUCAAUAUGACGAAAAAGCUGAUUUCGAGAACUUGAAACAGGAAAUGGAAAAGUUGGAAAAGGCGGACCAGGAUAAUAACCGGAUCUUUUACCUGGCCCUUCCGCCUAGUGUCUUCAAGGCUUCGGCCUCGAGAAUCAAGGAAACCUGCAUGUCCGCUCGAGGUUGGACGAGGAUCAUCAUUGAGAAGCCUUUUGGUCGAGACUCGGAAAGUUCCGAGGAUUUGAGCCAACAUUUGGGGCGUCUAUUCCGAGAGGACCAACUCUACCGGAUUGACCACUACUUGGGCAAGGAAAUGGUUCAAAAUAUGAUGAGCAUUCGCUUCGCCAACCAAAUCUUCUCGCGUUCCUGGAACCGGGACUCGUUGGCGUGUGUGGUGAUCAAUUUCAAGGAGCCCUUUGGCACUCAAGGACGAGGCGGAUACUUUGAUAAAUUCGGGAUCAUCCGAGAUAUCUGCCAGAAUCAUCUCUUGCAGAUAUUAUCGUUGGCUUCCAUGGACAAACCACCUACAGUGAGAGCCGACGAUAUUCGCAACGAAAAAGUGAAGAUCCUCAAACUUAUUCCCCCUGUGGUGGUCGAGGAUGUCGUCCUUGGGCAAUAUGUGGGUGAUCCCGAUGCCAAAGAAGAGGAGAAGCGCUUGGGUUACAAGGACGAUAAGGGUGUCCCAGAGGACUCGGUCACACCCACGUAUGCUGCCUGUGUCCUGCGAAUCAAUAGCGAGCGAUGGGAAGGCGUGCCCUUCAUCAUGCGAGCGGGGAAAGCCCUGAACGAGAAGAAGGCCGAGAUUCGCUUUCAGUUCAAGGAUGUCCCCGGAAACAUCUUUGGCCAGAGACCCAAGCGAAACGAGCUGGUUCUCCGUGUCCAGCCCAAUGAGGCGAUCUACUGCAAGAUGAUGAACAAGGCACCCGGCAUGAGCUUCACCAUGGAGGAAUCCGAACUGGACCUCACCUACAAGGACCGCUAUUCGGACGCCCGAUUGCCCGAGGCCUAUGAGCGACUGAUCUUGGACGUGUUUGUGGGCUCGCAAAUGAACUUUGUCCGAUCCGAUGAAUUGCGUGAAGCUUGGCGGAUUUUCACCCCGUUGCUCCAUGAGCUGGAAACACGUAGACAAGAGCCCAUUCCCUACAAAUUCGGCACGCGAGGUCCCAAAGAAGCCGAUGAAUUGGCCCAGAAGAACAACUUCGUGUAUACCGGAACCUACGAGUGGAUUUAUGAAGACGUCUAAGAGCUAGCUACUAGCUUCUAUUCAAUACCAUUGUUUGAGACGUGUUUUUUAUGGAGAUUCCGUGACUCGUUCUUAUCGUGAAGAAAGGACUGUACGUAUGUAUGUAGCAAGCAAUUUAUGCUUUGGAAACGUCCAAAUCGCAGGUCCUCGAGACGAAAUCUGAAUAUCUCUGAAAAUGCGAUAAGUGCAUUCUUUAGAACUUCGUUUUACAUUCACCUGUUCGGAGUGAUUGUCAUGCUUUUGUCCUGUGAGGGUCGGGAGGGUCAAAUAAAAAUUCCGAACGAGCCUUUUCAAA